AUGGAUCAUGUGGCUAUGCCCAGCAUAGGCUUCGCCUUGCCCCCCUGUGACUUCUUCUGCUAUAAGACUUGGGGCUCCGCCCCGCCCUUCCCGGGGCUUUAUAACGGGAAUUCCCAUGGCCCGGACUCCGGCAUCCAACCUGCUGCGGCCGUGGCCCAGUCGAAGCGGAGCUGGCGCCGCGAGCAGACCACACGCUCGCGCCUUAGCUGCCCUCGGUCCCGGUGCAUGACCGUGUCCUCCGGUCGCAGCCUCCUCCAGCUCCCUGUGCAGGACCGCAGUUCGCUCCCGGCUGCCGCCAGGGCCCAGAACGAAAGAAGACGGGAAGGCAGGCGCGGUGUGCGUCCUGCAGAGCCCGGGACCCCUGCCCGCUGCCGGCUGCCCAGUCCGGCUGGCACCAUGCUGCCCGCGCGCUGCGCCCGCCUGCUCACGCCCCACUUGCUGCUGGUGUUGGUGCAGCUGUCCCCAGCUCGCGGCCACCGCACCACUGGUCCCCGGUUUCUAAUAAGUGACCGAGACCCUCAGUGCAAUCUUCACUGCUCCAGAACUCAACCCAAACCCAUCUGUGCCUCUGAUGGCAGGUCCUACGAGUCCAUGUGUGAGUACCAGCGAGCCAAAUGCCGAGACCCAACCCUGGGCGUGGUACAUCGAGGUAGAUGCAAAGAUGCCGGCCAGAGCAAGUGUCGCCUGGAGCGGGCUCAAGCCCUAGAGCAAGCCAAGAAGCCUCAGGAGGCUGUGUUUGUCCCAGAGUGUGGCGAGGAUGGCUCCUUUACCCAGGUGAGGCCUUGG